UAAGUUUCUUUGUCAAUACAGUGAAUGGUGAUUUAGAUGGCUUUCUAUCGUUGGAUAUAACUGCACCUGGCAUUGAAUUCACGGAAAACAGUUUAUCCCUCAUAUUCUGGGACACGGAUAAUCAAAUGUGGAGCAAUGUGAACACGAAUUGUAAUGGAGCUAGAGCUCUACCGGGUGGACCUGGGAUAAUCAAAUUCCGAAUCUGCUCCGAUUCUUCCACAACAUUGAAGAAGCAGAAACGUAAAACAACGCAUUAUGGUGGCGAAACUCAAUUCGCAUUAAGUGAAGUUAACGAGCAAUUUGUCAAUACACCUCCUCAAAUAACAUCACCUAGCCAAAUGAACAUCACAGAACACGUUGGUCAGAUAUACGAGUUUAAGAUAACCGCAAAAGAUGGAGAGGGAGAUCUGUUGGUAUUUCUCGUAGAUAACACAAGACCAGGUCCUACAUUAGGUACCGCUGAAAUAGAGCGAGAUGGGACAUUUAUUUACAAGGGGUUCCUUCACUACUAUGGCUCAGAUCCUGUACAUUUUAUUGUUCAGGAGGUGAGGACCGAUAGUCAAGUACCCUUAAAUACAAAGGGAACAAUAACUGUGCAUAUUAAACAAGAGAACGACUACCCAUUCACCAGUGUUAUCCAUGAAGGAAUAUAUAAGGCUCCAGUUGUAUACAAGGAUCCUAAGCCGCAUCAUGCUGUAGACUUCAAUGUAGAGCAGUAUGUUAGUUCAGAAAAUUAUAGACCUUUAAAACUGCUCGUUGUCGCUUACGACUAUGACAUGCAAGACAAAUUGCGAUUCAGUGGCGAAAAUGCGACCAAUGGAACAACAAAGUUAUCUAGUCCAAUCACGAAUUUCACAUUUAAUGCGCAAAACUGUGGUAUGACAGAUCAGAAUCACAAGGAUAGAAUUCGAAAGUGGACAAAAUUAUUUAACGAAUUCGAUGGAAAUAUACCGUAUCCAUGCCUCUUUCGGAAUCUAUCUUUACCCAUUGAUUAUAUUGGAUGGCUAUUCCACUUAGUAACCUACACUCCUAUAAAGGAUUUCUUUGGAGUAGAUGGCAUUCGGAUCAUUGCCAUUGAUGAGCAAGGAGCUCUAUCUGAUCCAUUGGACAUUAACAUUUAUGUAUUGGAGAACAAAUGCAGGAACAAUGGAGUAUGCAAUGGUGAGGCUGUGAAUGAUACAGAUUGUUCAAGCACGAAUAGAAGUAGGGGAUUCGAGGGAUACAAGUGUGAUUGUCAACCAGGCUAUGAAGGUUUUUAUUGUGAACAAGAUAUUGAUGAGUGCCUUUCAUCACCAUGCCGACCUGGCUUCACCUGUGUAGAUAUGGUGAAUUCUUUCACGUGUUACUGUGACCCUCGUUCCCCAUGUGCUGGCUACCCGUGGUGGGCCUGGAUGAUUGUUGGUCUCGGUUCUACUAUAGUGAUCGUUAUAUUAGCCGUAGUCAUUUGGAGGUGCAAGAAGGCAAAGGCUAAAAAAACGCAACCAUAUCCACACUCCACAGGUAAUAUUAAUAAAGCUUUUGGGAUGCCUGUCCAUCCCGACGCUAUACCUAUGAGAGCGAUGUCGCCGUACAACAUUGAUUCCAACAUAUAUGGGGCGCGGGAGAAUAUUAGCAUGAGGGAGAAUGACGGUAUGUGGCCAAGCAGUGGAGGUGCUUUGAGAACACAAAUUGGACACAUGCAAACCAGAAGGAACCAAACACAGGCAAUGUCUGGAAUAUGGCCCGAUAGAAUGAAUAUGGCUCAACCGACACACCAGCAACAACUUCUAAGUGGUUUGAAGUUCGACAGAUGGCCAGAUGAAUCAAAUCACCGACAACCUCCAAUGCGUGGAUUUGAAUACGAUAGAAGGCAAAUUCAAAUGAACGACAUGGCCUAUGGAAAUCGUGUACCGGGACGUAUGGGGAUCAAUCAACAUGGAAGAAGACGAAGCGAGGGUGAACCUGAGAUGAGACCCGGGAUUAUGAUUGAAUCGAACUAUUGGACUGACGAUAAUAUUUACUAUUGAAAACACUGCUUAUGACCAUAAGACACAAUAGCUGUUACUUACACAAUCAAUAUAAUUUGAUAUAAACCUUUAUUUCUGGAAAUAUCAAUACUUAAAAUAUUCCCACCUACAUGUACAAAGCAGUAUGACAAAUUACGAACUUAAAGGACUUAAACCCUUUUCAGAUUCAAAAUGCAAUUUGUUCUCUACAUGAAUGCUUUUUCAAUGAUUACAAAAAGAAGGCUUAAGUGCAUCAUAGGCAAGCCUUGUCAUCUUUUGAUUCACGCCCCUACAAUUGCUUCAAUUAAUUGCGGUAAUUACGAGUCGACUAUAUUUAUAUUAUUAUUAUUUAACAAAAAGUAUAAUGCUUUAACCUUGCUAAUCAUUAUUUUGCCGAACACACCAUUGAUACGAGUUUUUUCAUUCAUGCCUUCUACAAAUACGUAUUUAAUCUAAAUGCUUUAGCAAACAUAACUUUACAUCUGAAC